CUCGGAUCUUUUCAAUUCCACUCAUACACACCAUUGGACGCACACAGUCUGUCCUCCUGCAGCGCACCGGAACGUUUGCAAAACCACCAACAUGCCUCUUGACCAGAUCACCGACCAGGCCCAGUUUGACAGCGCCAUCAAGGACCAUCAGUCAACCAUCGUCAUCUUCUCAGCGGUCUGGAGCGGGAUAAGCGAAGCAACCAAGCGAAACUACGAGAAUGUCGGCUCCCAAUAUUCUGGGCUCUACCAAGCCUGGAUUGACAUCGACGAAAGCCCAGACCUGGCGCAGAAAUACUCCUCCAACGGCAUUCCCACCAUAAUUGGGUUCAAGAACGGAGCGCAGGUGGAGAAAUAUAUCGGGCCCCAGGUCACAGAGGGAGAGGCCAAAAGGUUCAUCGAGAAGGUGCUUUGAGAAGGUCGGGCUCCAGAUUCCCUUUGACCUGGCUGUGAGAGAGAAUAAAUGAAACCAGCCUGAAUCAAGGAGUGGGUAUCACCGCGGGAUGGAGAUAAAUGGUUGGUUUAAUAUGGCCUGAUCUCAAGACAACCGGCAUCUCGGGCACACCCCGAGCGUAGUCUGGGUUUUCAUGUACUUGGAAGAAGAGAGCGGCUGAAAUAUUAUGUUCCAAGGAUCUGUGUGGACUUCAAUGUCGGCUGUAGUUAUUUUUAGCAGGUAGACGACUAGACCAAAAACCCUAGCUAAGGCAAUU